GGGUAAUAUACAAAGAUGGCGUCGCUGUUAGAGACGUUUGAGCAGCAAUAUGCUGCUCUUACUUCCGAAAUAACGUUUAAGAUAGCAAAAAUCCCAAAUUUACCGUCAGGUGACAAGGUGUCAAUAGUGUCGCAAGUGGAAAGGAACCUAGAAGAAGCUCAUGAAGUACUUGAACAGAUGGAACUGGAAGUCCAAAGGCUACCAAUGACAGUCCGCCCGAAAUUUCAAAAUAGGGUCAAGAGCUAUCAAGCUGAACUUGUUCAGCUAAAGAAAGAGCUGCACAGGGCCAGGAUCGCCUACAGUGACGAUGUGUUAGCUCGUGACGAACUUUUUGGAGAUUCAGAGGGACUGUCAACAAGUGAAAGGCAGUGUCUGUUGGACAACACGGAAAGCUUGGAACGCUCAACGAAUAAACUCAAGGCUGGGCACCGUUUGGCGAUUGAAACUGAACAGAUCGGAGCAGCGAUUCUUACGGACCUCAGUGCGCAACGGGACACGAUAAAGAGGGCACGAGAAAAGCUCAAAGAGACCGACCACGACAUCGGGAAAAGCUCUCACGUGCUUACUGGGAUGAUCCGGAGGGCCCUGCAGAACAAGUUCAUCUUGUACAUUGUGGUCGGUGCCGUCUUGCUAGUCAUUGUGCUCUGCAUCUACUUCAGCGUACGUCGUCACUUCUGAACAGCGGAAUUCGGUGGAGCAUUGAGAAUGAACGGGCAUACGCAUGAAUUUCUUGGAAGUGACAGCAUUCGUGGGUGUAAGGACUUAACGUCGGUGCGGAACAACAGCUAACUUGCACCCCCCACGAAGCAUUUGUGAUGGAUCUGCGUUGGGGCUAGCAUUAUUACGCCUAGAGUUGCAAGCUUCAGCGUCGACUGAAAGAAAUAUGCCUGCAACAAAUGUUUUCUAAAUGUAGCAUAGCAUCAAACCUAAGCGGAAAGAAUCCGGGCAUUUUAGAAGUUUAUGAAAUAUAAAUGGCAGCUUUAUUUUUACACCUCAGAACUGCUUGUGGAAUAACUAGCUGUUAGAAAUCUCCAUGACGAGUUGUGAUCAUCACGCGUCACUUUCGUAAAACACGUACGAAACAUUUUGCCAUAAUCUGUUCCCCGAAUAACUGCAUUGCAGAACAUGGCUUAUUGAAACAACCAAAUACUACACUAUGACAGUUUGUCUCUGCACUGGAGGAAGGGUAAAGUUAGGAGAAACCUCGCAACGAAGUGUCUGUCCACUCGGAAAGGCAAAGAUAAGGGGGUAAUUCACAGCCCAGCAUGGGUCCACUGUAGAAACCGUCUGUACGUAUCUCACUUUGAAAUGUUGCCCCCUUACGUGCAUAAAGUAUAGAAACAAAUACAUCCGCACUACAUCCUGAAAGGAAUCUGCUACUGCAAUCUGGAAAGCAUGAAGUACAGUUGCCUUUCAAGGUACAGUGUGCUGUAUGUAGUGCCUUGAAGAGCAAAAUGAUGCAUGCCUUCACAGAUGCAACAGCUCCUUUCCUCUUACGUGCUAUCAUACCGAUACCAGUAUACCACAAAUCACUGAUGACGCUUGCAUCGCUAUCCAUGGCAUGCAUGUUUCUGCGUUCAAGUGUGCAGUGUUCCAUCCCUGCCGGUCUGCCAACAGACUCUCUGAUGAAAGAUGGAAGUCACUGAAAAGGUUCAUCAAUUGUCUCAUAUUCAGACUCUUUAAUGACUCACAAGAAUAGAGGACCUGAAUGCUGUGACAUAGGCGAACAGAAUUUUCUCAGCUUCCAAGUGGACGUUUUUUGUUUGUUUGUUGUUGUCUUUCUGAGUAAGCCAUAUAAGAAAACAAUAACAACAACAACUUUAUUGUGAGAUGAUGAAUGGGGCCAGGGGCGAUACUCUACCCCAUUGCUGGUAGUGAUGCGGGAAAUGAAAUAAUGAGCUCCUUCACAAUAAGGACCGAAGUCCUACAGUAUCCAAGAGACGUCAAGAGAGUUUUGAGGGCAGUGCGUUGGUGUGCCGGAUGUGGCCAGGGACCAAGCAAUUUUGUGAGAGAGAGAGCGGGCGAGAGGCGUUAAGGGAUGCGGAGAGUACGGUUCGGGAAGGCUGGUAGUGUGGGCAAUGGAGAUGAACGUGCUCUAGAUCUUCUACAGCACCGAAGUGACAGCAUUGAGGAGAGUAAACUUGUCUCAAGCGGUAAUGCCGCUGCGCUGUAAAAGCCGCAUCGAGGCGCAUUCAAUGAAUUAAUGGAGCAUCUUGACGAGAGGUAUGUCGAGGCAUGUCGCUGUCGUCCUGUUCAUUCCCUUCGACACCGCAAUGGGCUGGAAAAACAAAAUUAAAAGGAACUUGCUUUUAAAUUGUUAACCAAUAUGGAUUCAUCCAACAAUUUUUUUUUAUCCUCCUAAAAUGUGCUCUCUUAUGCUCAAAUUAUACUUAAAAUGUCUCUAAAUAAGAUAGACUCUCCAUGAGAGUAAGAAUCUGGGUAAGAGGAAGUGGUAAAUACCUUGACAAUGCAGUACUAAAAAAACACAAAUUACCUAGACGAGACUUUUGGAGAAUAUAUAUGGGAAUAUAUUACUUUAAUAUCACAAUGCAUAUCCUCUGACGUUGUACUGUAACAUUCAUCUGGGUCAGAAUGCUGUAAGCCCAAGGCUCUUCCAGGAUAAUAUCGGGAGUCACCAGCACUCCCGCGACCCUCGCAUAGGAGCAAUCCUACUUCUGGUGAACUGGAUGUUGAUGAUUGCGCACAUGUUGCUGAGUUGAGAACGAGAGUCAUAUUUUGCCCCAUUAAAUGUUUGGAACAGAAAUUCGAGGGUCUUUCGAGGACCUUUCAAGGUUCAGCAGUCAUGCUAUCCGGGACAUAAAACACGGAUUAUGGCCUGCACUUUAAUAUUUCACGGAAGCAUUUCUAAGCUAAAGGUAUCGCACGAGAGAGUACAUUAGGACUGCGUAGAAGUGGUGCGUUCGCAGACAUGAUUGAUGACUUCCGAACUCAAGAUCACGGGAUAGAAUGGAAGGCUGGUGACUGCAAUAGAGGGUGCUGUUCAUUUCUUACACUUCCGAUUUCCGCGACUGCUGGCUCCUUGCGUUUUUCACAACUAUAUUAAUUUUGACUAGUUCCGGACAAGCUGCAUUUGCCCUGCAGCUCAGUGAGAACGAGAAAAAUAUGCAAAAUCGAGGGUUUUCAGGGACUGUGAAAAAUUCCAGUGGCUCCCCGUCCUUGAAAAAAGCAUUUUCAAAUUUGAGGGUUAUUUAGGCUAAUUAUUAGGGCUAAUUAAAUGCCCUCAGAUGCUACAGUAGACCAAAGGGUUCCUGUAAUAAAUAUUUUUUUGUACAUGAAAAAUAUGUAUUGCCAUGUGUAUGACACUCUCUGAACCUUCCCAAGGGCUCUGAAUUCACUUUGCAAAGUACUUGCAUGCAAGGAGUGCUUCUUGGUUAUCCAAUCUAGAUUUUUAUCUUUCUAAAGUGUAGACUUGAGACGUUAUUUGGCACUGACUUUCAAAGAAGUCUAUUAUAGGGAUGCUUUAAACUAGCCGACUUCACGCUUGGUUUCGAAUUGAAAUUAUGAUGCAUUAUUUUUCACUUCGUUAUCCAGAUGUUAUGCACCUACACAUCUUUGUCAGGUCCCCUUUCAACCAAUAUAAACCCUCUGUCCUGUUAUUUUGGAAAUUUUUUGCGAGUCAAAAUUAAGACUGUCGAUAUGACAGAAUGUUACCCGCAAGGUGACUGGAAGGUGACUGGAGCUUUACUCUGGAUGUGCUUGCACAUACUUGCACAUUGUGGGAAUGUGCUGUUCGCAGCUGUGCACAUAUUUACAUUCCACAGAUGUGGAGAGCUCAUUGUUCGGAGGUACUAUGUAAUACUUUCCUAUGUCUGAAGGGCAAGGGAGAUUUAUAAGCCAAGGUAAGACGAACACAACACUAUCUCGAUGUUCGUGAUAUAAACAUGGCAACUCGUUCGGUUCUAAUGAUGUCCAGAUGCAUGUAAAUGCUUGUUUAGAGGAGUGUAGACAUGCUCGUGCUGUCCAAUCUUGUCCAACCUGCAGACUGAUCAUCCAGAGUGUACCAUCCGUUCCUUGUACACAGUUUGAACUUUGCAACGCUUAGGUCAAUCUAUAAAUAUUAUGACCGCAUAAUACCAAAUAAAGACACGUUGUUUUGUGUUGCAUGUGGAUAUCAGCACAUGGUUGUCAGUUAUGAUUGUGCUCCUAAAAAUGAAGCAGCCGUGUAAAUAUACCAUAUUUAAAUACGCCAAAGACUGGUCGUACAGGUCAGUGCACCAUGUCGAUCAACAGUUCUGCCUUGUCUGUCCAUUUCUGUACAAGCAACUUCUUUAGUCUUUAAUCAUUGUAAAGAGAAUUUACUAUGUACAACAACUUGCGUAACAAAGCUCCUAGCCUGCAUAAAGUUAAUACGUUGUAGAUAUGUACACAUUAAAUAUGUUGAUGUAAAUAUACUAGUGUGAUGCA